AUGGCUUCUGCUUCAUCAUCUCUUCAUAUUUCCAUGACCCUCCAAUGUCCCUCAUCUUCCCACAGAGAAUCCAUUUUUGUGGGCCACCCUAGACCCAAUCUAAACCUUCCACGCCACACCUUCAAUCGCUCUUCAUCUGUACUAGCUUUCUCUCGCCGACGAGACAAAACCCAGUCGGCAAUUACUCCACCAAAGAAAAAGAAGCAAAGCUUGCCUCAUAGUGAUGUUGGGGAGGAUGAUUUGGAUGAAGAUGCUUUUGAGGCACUCUUCCGUCAGCUUGAAGAAGAUCUUAAAAAUGAUGACCUGUCUGCAAAUUAUGAUGACAAUGAGAUAAGUGAAGAAGACCUUGCAAAGCUUGAACGCGAAUUAGAGGAGGCACUGGGGGAUGAUGAACUAUCAGAAGUACUUGGCUCAACUGUAGAGGAAAAUAAUGGGAAGGAAGUUGAAGAUGAAGACAAUGAUGAUGAAGAUGAACCAGUGAAUCUUAAAAAUUGGCAACUUCGCCGAUUGGGUUAUGCUUUAAAAACUGGUCGGCGUAAAACUAGUAUCAAGAAUCUUGCUGCUGAGCUGUGUCUUGAUAGAGCUGUUGUUCUUGACUUACUUCGUGACCCCCCUCCGAAUCUUCUAAUGAUGAGUGCUGCUUUACCUGAUAGACCUGUUUCAACAGUGCCAGAGCCUGAAACUAAACCUCUGGAAAUUGAUCCUGUGGGAACAGCUACAGAUGCAGCAAAGCCGGAGACCAAUGCUAAAGUUCCAGUUCAUGUCAUGCAAGGCAACUGGUCUGCUCAAAAAAGACUGAAGAAAGUUCAAGUUGAAACUCUUGAGAGAGUUUAUCAACGAACAAAGCGCCCCACAGUGAGUAAAGUCUCUUCUUGA